UUGAUAGUUACUUACCGCUUAUCGGUCAUAGUGCAGUUCAUUCAUAUAAUAAAUAUUUUUCUACAUAGUGCCGACGAAGGUCUUAUCACAGUUGAUGUUUCGAAAGACGUCGUAGAGGAUUCUAUGACAACAAUGACCCAAAGUGAAAUUCCACCAGAUUUAAUACAAUCAGUAAACGAUGGUACUGAAGAUGAUGCAACGAAAUUAACUCUUGCUUAUGAAAAUCUAUAUGAACUGCCAAGAACUAUAGUGGAGAGAUUUUCGGAUCACAUUAUUUAUUUGGAUAUCAGUCACAACAAAAUUACAAAUUUAGAUGCACUAGUUCAUUUCAAGCACUUGACGUCCCUUAUAGCUGAUGACAACCCAAUCACUGAAAAUUGUCUUCUGCCUCCCAUGCCAAAGCUGCAAUUGCUAUGGUUGAACAGAUGUAAGAUAUCAUCUUUAUAUCCAUGGGUGGGUAAACUUAAAGAGUCUUGCCCAAAUUUGCAGUAUCUGUCCCUCAUGGGUAAUCCGGCAGCGCCUAGUUAUUUUAAUGGUGGAACAUUCUAUGAGUACCUACAAUACAGGCUUUUCGUUGUAUCCCAGUUUCCCUCCCUUACUCAUCUGGAUGACAGAAAAGUGACAGAUGACCAGCGUUCAGAAGCCCACAGAUUAUAUAAGAGGCCAUUACUUGAGAGGAUUAUCAAACCUGGCUCAGGAAGUCUAUCUCAACUGAUGACCAGUUCCGUAACUUGGAAUUCAGUUCAUAAUAAGCUAUCAUCCUUGUGGGGAAAAGAUAGAAAUCAAGGAAGAAAUUUACUUAUAUAA